AUGGCCACCAGUUUAAAAACAUGGGGAAAAUUAAUAUGGGCUUGUAAAACUGGAACACUUGAAACAGUCAAACAAAUUAUUGAAAAAAACCCGACAAUUGUGUACAAAACAGACGUAAACAAACGCACUAUCUUAAUGGUAGCUUCCAAAAAUGGACAUUCAGAAAUUGUUGAUUUAUUAUUAAAAGAAAGAAGUGAUUGGUAUAGUGUUGACUACAAAGGUAGGGAUGCAUUGGUGAUAGCUUCAGAAUUUGGCAAUUUAGAAAUUGUCAAGAUGUUGAUUAAAAUUGGACAUUCGACCAUUAAGUAUUCUGAAGAAUGGGACCCAUUGAUGUUAGCAGCAAAAGAUGGACACACUGACGUUGUCAAUUUUUUAAUAGAUUCAGACUAUUCUGUUAAUCGAGUUCUAAAGGAUGGAACAAAUGCGUUUAUGCUAGCAUCAGCUAGGGGGCAUGAUCAAGUAGUUAAAAUAUUAAUAAUUGCAGAUAUUAAUCUGCUGGAUCAAUAUGGUUCGCAUGCGUUGAUAGUAGUGUCUCAAAAUGGACACGUCAAAGUUGUAAAUCUGUUACUGGAUACAAAUAUUUCUAAAAACAUUUUUAUUCCGGACGGCACUAAUGCUUUAAUGUACGCUGCUCUUGAGGGACAUGCCGAUGUUGUAGCAUUAUUACUGUUGCAUGAAGCAAAUGCUGACGACGUCACCUGUAAUGAAAUGAAUGCACUGAUGUUUGCCUCAAAGAAUGGACACCAAAAAACAGUUGAACUUCUUGUUGAGAAAACAAGUGAUCUUAAUGCUGUAAACAACAAAGGACGCAAUGCAUUAAUGUUAGCUGCUGAGAACGGGCAUACAGGCAUCAUUGAAAUAUUAAUAGAGAAAUGCCAUGAUAUUUGUUACAAUAAUGGAAUGACUGCAUUAUUGCUAGCGACAGAAAACGGCCACCUAAAUGCAUUUGAAUUCCUUGUAAAUAAAAAAACAGAUCUAAAUGCAGUGAACAAUCAAGGACGCAAUGCUCUAAUGAUUGCUGCCGAGAAAGGCAAUACACAUAUUAUGCAAAUAUUAUUAGAAAAAUGCAAUGAUAAAGAUAAUUGUGACACUAAUGGAAUGAACGCUUUAAUGAUAGCGGCAGAAAACAAAAACAUAAAUGCCAUUGAAUGUUUAGUAGCGAACAUGUGUGACCUUAAUUGUGUUAACAACGAGGGACGCAGUGCAUUAAUGAUUGCCUCUUUUUAUGGCUUCACAGAUAUUGUAAAUAGUUUAAUCAAGAAUGGAUGUAAUGUAAAUGUUAAGGACUAUUGUGGGUUUAGUGCUCUAAUGUUGGCUUGUCAGAGGGGACACUUGGCAACAGUAGAACGUCUUCUACGUCAAUUUGAGAUUAUCGUUAACACGGCUAACAGACAGGGAAUCAAUAGUCUGAUGUUAGCAGCACAUGAAGGACAUACAGAUAUUGUAAAACUACUGAUAACAAAUAUUAACAUUAAUGCCGUUGAAAGUAAUGGAUGGAAUGCUUUAAUGAUAGCUAUUUAUAUGGGAAAUCUACCUACUUCAAAGCUAUUGUUAAAAUUAGAAGCUAUUGUUAAAGUUGAUAAAAUUAGAUGGAAUGCAUUAAUGUUAGCUGCCGAAAAAGAUCUCAUCGAAAUCGUGCACCAAAUAAUUGAGAAAAUAGAUAAUGCCAAUGAUGUCAACACAGAUGGGUUUAACGCUUUGAUGCUGGCCUCAAAAAAUGGACGUCUCAGUUGUGUAAAGCUUUUACUCAAAAAAUCAGAUGUUAAUGCAGUUGGAAGAGGUGGAGUGACUGCCUUAAUGUUAGCCGCUCAGAAUGGCCAUAAGAAGGUAGUUAGGCUACUUAUGAAGAAUCAUAGUGAUGGAGAAGCGAUGGACCAUCAUGGAUACAACUCAUUAAUGAUAGCCUGCCAGAAUGGUCAUAAAGCAGUGGUAGAAUUAUUAGUAAAAUAUCUGUGUAAAGUUAAUGCAGUGAAUAAAAAAAAUGGUUGCACUGCUCUUAUGUUAGCAACGAAAUAUGGUCACCUUGAUAUAAUUGAAAUACUUGUAGAAAAUGAGUGUGAUGUGAAUACUACAACAAAAUAUGGUCUUAGUGCACUUGAUUUUGCGCAAAAAGAAAACAUUAAGGAUUACCUGAAAGAGAAACAAUGCAAUCUCUCAAAUGUGAGUAAAGUAACUUAG